AUGGAUAUCCCAUAUAUGGCCGGCGACCCCCCUAGCCGCAAACUCCCAAAAGAAUUCCAACCACCCUAUGGAUUCUGGGGCCCAGAAACAAUGUACGUGCCUACAAUCAGCACUCGCUCCCCCUUCCCAGUCCGUCGCUUCACCAGAGUCAAGGACCCACGCGAACUCCUCAUCUGCACGGAAGGCACGUCAAAGCCCAACGGCAAAGAGCCAAACAACCCCAAAGCCGGCUGCGCGUUCAUGGUGAAUGACACUGGUGGAUGGUACCGCUUCCCACUCGAAGACAAAUGCCCGAAUGGCAAGCGAAACACCAAAACCGCUCAGUGCGCGUCGAUCCGUGCUGCUAUCGCUGCUCUUCAAUGCCGAGACUGGGCCGCCGAAGGAUUCGAACGCAUCAUCAUUGCGACUAGCGAUCCUUCUGUUGUUGAAGGGAUUACUUUUUUAAUGAGAGGUUGGAUGAGGGAUGACUGGUGUUACCGGUACACAGAUAUUCCUGUUGAGGAUGAGGAUCUGUGGAUGUCUCUUAUGAAGACGAUACAUCGGACGGAGGAAAAGGGUUGUACCGUUCUUUUCUGGGCCACGAAUGGGUGCUGGAAUAAGAAAGCAAUGAAGCAUGCGAACUCUGCUUGCAAGUUGGUGGCUAAGGAGGAGUAUGUGAAGAUUUUGCUUCCGAGUCUGAGAUACGAUCCAAAGUAG